UCCCGCCGCGCGGUGCAUUGUGGUCGGACACCUCUUUGGCUCACACUCUGCAAAAUGGCGACGUCCCUGGGCUCCAACACCUACAAUAGACAGAACUGGGAAGACGCGGAUUUCCCAAUUCUGUGUCAGACAUGUUUGGGAGAAAACCCUUACAUCCGUAUGACCAAGGAAAAGUAUGGAAAGGAAUGCAAGAUCUGUGCUCGACCAUUUACCGUGUUCAGGUGGUGUCCUGGGACUCGAAUGCGUUUCAAGAAGACAGAGGUCUGUCAGACCUGCAGUAAAAUGAAGAAUGUUUGUCAGACAUGUCUGCUGGACUUGGAGUAUGGUUUGCCCAUCCAGGUCAGAGACACCGGGCUGUCAGUAAAAGAUGAGGUUCCAAGGUCAGAUGUGAACAAAGAGUACUACACACAGAACAUGGAGAGAGAGAUUGCCAAUUCUGAUGGCACACGUCCUGUUGGCCAGCUAGGUAAAGCGCCCAGCUCUAGUGAUAUGUUGCUGAAACUGGCCCGGACUACUCCGUAUUACAAGAGGAACCGGCCCCAUAUCUGCUCCUUUUGGGUGAAGGGAGAGUGUAAGAGAGGGGAGGAAUGUCCCUACAGGCACGAGAAGCCCACAGAUCCCGACGACCCUCUGGCUGACCAGAACAUCAAGGAUCGAUACUACGGCAUCAAUGAUCCAGUGGCUGACAAGUUGCUGAAAAGGGCCUCAACGAUGCCCCGACUGGACCCGCCAGAGGACAAGUCCAUCAGCACCCUCUACAUAGGAGGUUUGGGAGACACAGUCACUGAUGCAGAUCUCAAGAGUCACUUUUACCAGUUUGGCGAGAUUCGCACAAUAACCAUUGUCCAGAGGCAGCAGUGUGCCUUCAUCCAGUUCGCCACACGGCAGGCGGCUGAGUCGGCUGCUGAGAAGUCCUUCAACAAACUCAUCAUCAAUGGACGGAGGCUCACUGUUAAAUGGGGAAGGUCUCAGGCAGCAAGAGGGAAGGAAGGCAUCAAAGACGGAGUCAGUGAGAUGGGUACCAGACUGGAUCCAGUACCUGGACUGCCUGGAGCUCUCCCUCCACCACCUGCUUUAGACGAGGAGGCUCCUGCAAACUACUUCAACCUGGACCCCAGCACCACUCCUGCUGUCAUGAACAUUGCUUUGCCUCCACCUCCUGGCAUCAACCCGCCUCCUCCAGGUUUUGGCCCUCCGAUGUUCCACCCCAUGGGUCACAUGGCUCCACCCAUGCCCCCUCCAAUGAGCAUGAGACCUCCUGGUCAAAUCCACUACCCCUCCCAGGAUCCUCAGCGCAUGGGUGCCCAUGCCGCACAUGGCUCACGUCAUGGGGAGUAGCUGCUGGAGUGAAGUCAUUCUGUUACACGGUGUCAUUCUUUUCCUCACGUUAACCGUGGUCAGGUGCUUUCACUUCAGAUGCUGUCAGAAGGGCCUGUAACCGGCAGAUGACUUCUGUGAGAAAUAUACAGGAAAGAACCCCGUCGCAUCUUAACGGAUAACAUCUGAUUUAUUAUGCCACCUGCAGUGCUGUGGAUGAACUGAGCGUGCACCAUCUGUGUCUGGACAGACGAAGACCAACACCCUACAAGAUAACUUAUCAUCACUCGCAGUUAAAACAGAACGAGCCCUGCACCUGAACAUCUGGAAGUUAAAAUAGUAAAAGACUUAAAAGUUGAGAGAAAUGGCCACCGUGUUCGGGGCCACAUGGUUUGACGGGCUCCUGCCGUUGGAGCCACUGUACAUUAUAGAAAUGUUACCUGUAGGAUCAAGUUGUAUUUGUCAAAAUGUGCAAAGCAUCGUUGGAGUAGAAUUCAGGGGAGCAUUUUUAAACCUUUUUAAUUUACAGCUACAUUUUUUUUUAUGUGACACAAUCUUAAUAUUCCACAACAUAAUGACUUAGUUUUCUUGUUAACCUUUCUUUGAAUGUUGUUUCACUUCUUAUUAAAAAGUCACAACUUUGUCAUUGA